AUGUCGUCGGCUCGUCACGGGUUCGAGAUUUUGGUGGGACAACAACGACAAACUCUCAAACGGCAGUGCCCGAUCAUCCCUGAUACGAAACAUCAAGAUCAAGACAACACCGCAACUAUGCAAUGCAUUCUCACCACCUCCACGCUGCUGGUCCUUGCUGAUGAUCGACCUCAAGCUUCGGUCGCCGCUGUGAAUGGCUCUGGGUCGUUCAGAGGUGGAGCACCACAGUCUCAGGUCACCAAUCGAAUCCUCUCACUCGCGGCGGGCGGGCGAUGUAACGCAGCGAGAGCCCAGCCUGAGAUGGCUAAGAUGUUGCAUAUCCGCUCCAGGAAUCCUUCCACGGGCACGAACCAACUGGACUGCUGGCCAGCGAGCGCCUGGGAGGUUAUGAGCACGGCAAUGGCACCGUUGGAUCAAAUACAGCAGGGCCCACUUGGGGUAUUGCAACAACGGCGAGACUCUCCAACUCGGUCACAUUUCAAGAUACUCAACGUGAGGGGCGAUGAUAAUUAUGGAGGAAAGCAACGAGUGGACAUCAAUGGGAAUAUGGUGCCGCAACCGCUGGCAAUACCUGGAACGGGCGUUGAUGGAAAGAAAUUCCCGCUACUGGCUACUCCUGCUGCGACCUCUUCCGUGAUCGCGACCAGGACUAUGUACGCUCCUGCGAUAGCGGCUUCUCCCAUCGGCACUGUUGAACCCACGACUAUUGUCGUAACGUCUACGGCUCCUCCAAUUACAUCUACUAUAUGGAUGACAACCUCGAUACCCUUCACCUCAUCAACAGCUACGAAUUCCACAAUUUCCUCGAGCUCACCCAGCUCAUCUACACAACCUGGUUAUAUGGCUGCUGCUGCAGCGAGCAUUACCGCGCCAUCCACAACUUUUUCGCCAUCUUCAACGACUAUCCCAAUUUCCGUACUACCAGCCUGGACGGCGCGACCACAGCUGGGUAGACCUCGAAAGGGUCUGGACGAGCCGGAUCAAGACCGACCAGCUAGCACUCCACAUAUAUUAAUGACGGCCACCUCUACAGUUGUGACUUCGGCUACAGUAGCAGUAGCGUCUGCUACAAUGUCCGCGUUGCCAGGUCAAGAUGACUCCCCCCGGCAACAGGAAAGGCCCGGGACACUGUCCAGCAGCGCUACACACUGGCUUAUCGCCCUAGCAGCCAUAGGCGCAUUUGUCACCUUUUCCGCUCUGGUAAUUUUUCUUUGCUUGAAAAUGAAAGGGCGGAGAUUUUACUUUGGGGUCUCAACCAAGCACAGGAAGUUUGGCAAAGGGGGCCCAAGAGGCUGGUAUGGAUGGCGAAAAGAGAACGACGGUUAUAUGGAUUACCCCCCGCAAUACUACGCAGGUUACAGCGCUGAUGAGAAAUCCUCACCGACGCAACGACAGGUCGAGGCUUACUAUUCGACAUCUGGCUCACCAUACCCGAUGCCGAAUCCAGGAAGCGCUGCUACGCCCUUGGGAAGAAAUUCACAACCGCUUGAGCCUUUCCAACCGGGCUUGGUUGACAAUUCAAACCCUUUCGUUAACCCUCAGUAUCCUCAGACAUCCUCGCCGAUUGAGCAGGCUGCCCCCACCUUCGCUACUCAGGAUUUCUACGGCGUCGGGGGUCAAAAUAACAUUAACCAGGGCCAAGAACCGUCAAGUGCCUACAGCAACUCACUUAGUUCGAGCGCAGCUGGUGGUAAUUUAUUUUCGGACUAUAGCAACACUGGCAGUAACAUGAUGCUAUCUAGACAACCAGGCUCGCAGAACACGCUGACAACCUCGGGCGCCUACGACCCAAGCCAAAGAGAGAUCAACCGCAUUAGCUACUUGUCUUCGCUGUCCUCUGGCUUUGGGGACGGGCUCAUCAUGCCAGAGCCAACAGUUAACGCUGGCGGCUCUCGACAAACCUAUCGCCAGUCACGCGACCCCGAAACUGCCGCUGCUAGACUCUCGUGGGGAACUUCCGUACCUGAGGCCCCGGCAUUGAAGGGUGACCGAGACACGAUGUACACGACUACCUCCCAGGAUUCGGCUCCCCGCUUCCGCACCGUCAACUCAUGGGUUGCCCAGCAGACAGACCACGUCGACAGGCAACAGCAAAGCGGCCGGAAGAUCCCACCGAUGCCGCCCAUCCCGCAUCCUAUCCGGACUAAUGUUGGAGUUCGUCAUAAUCGCAUGCUAAGCGAGGACACAGCGUUCAGAUAUCACCCGGGCUCGAGAGUACUGAGCGAUCAAGGCUCGAGAGUACCGAGCAGCAUCUUGGACACGAAGACGUUUCUAAACUAG